UAUUCGAAAUUAUGUGACGCUCUCCUAUCCGAACUAUACAAAUCCCAACAGUGUAGUCCUAAGAGCACCAAACUUGACUGUGAUUAUGGAGACACACUCCAACAUGUCCAAUGUUCAUCCAGAGUACAUGCCCUUUAACGCAUUCUCUCCAGCACUCGCUGUGAAGGGUAAAUUAGUCUAUGCAAACUAUGGUACCAAACAAGAUUUUGAGGAGCUGAAUCUCGUCCACAUCAACGUGACAGGCAAAAUUGUGAUUGUUAAAUAUGGGAAGAUUCAUGCUGCCAAUAAGGUGCGACAUGCAGAAGACAACAAGGCGGCGGGGGUGAUAUUUUACUCAGAUCCGGUAGACUUCGCUCACAAUCAGUCGUCUCUGGCUGCACAUACAUGGUGGCUCCCCGGCUGGGCCAUACAGCUCUACCACGUCCGACAUAACCUGAUCGGCGAUCCACUCACACCUGGCUACUCUGCUAUCAGUGGUGUAUACAGAACUCCACCGUCCACUGACUGCUACCCUAAAAUUCCCUCGCAACCGAUCAGCUACAAUGAUGCAGCUGAACUUAUGAGGGACAUGGGAGGACCUAUCGCUCCUAACAAGUGGUUUGGGGGACUGAACAUUACGUAUCGACUAGGACCAGGUCACCAGGACGACAGGACUGUGGAAUUAACAGUCAACAACAAAAAUGACAAACGUAACAUUUCCAACCUUAUAGCUGUGAUAGAAGGAAAGUAUGAAAAAGAUAAAUACAUCAUUGUUGGGGCACACAUAGAUUCCUGGACGAAAGGAGCCGUAGACGCGGGGUCAGGCUACGCUGUUAUCUGGGAGCUGGCUCGCGCAUUCACGUCCAAAGUGGAGAAAGGUUGGCGGCCACGAAGAUCCAUUCUCUUUGCACUCUGGGAUGCGACUAAAUAUGGACAUAUCGGUUCAUUUGAAUGGGUACAGGAGUACGAAAAACAGUUGUUACCUGGAGCAGUAGCUUACAUCAACCUGGACGCUGUCAUCAGAGGUAAUUACUCGUUUUCUGCCGAGGCAAGUCCACUGCUGCACUCGUUGAUUAAGACAGCAGCCGGUCAGGUUCCAUGUGUCGAUCCCGACUACCACGACAUGUCUGUUCUACAAAUGUGGACCAAAAAGUUCCCCGACCUGUCCAACAGUUCACAACCAAGGUUUUUUCCAUUGGAAGGCGACAGUGACCAUUCUCCGUUUUACUAUUACCUCGGCGUACCUUCAUUUUCACCUGCUUACACCUUUAAUGUAAAGCUCUAUAAAAACCUGCCGACCUAUCCAGCCUACAGUACGUUGGAGGAUACAAUCAACUAUCUUCAAGUUUUCAUCGAUCCUAAGAUGGAACUUCACGAAACUGUCUCCAAGGUUGUGUCCGAUGUGAUACUAAGGCUAGCGGACAGCGCCAUUGUUCCAUUUGAUAUACAAAAUUACAUCAGCGUUUUUGAAAGUGGAAAAAUUUAUUUGCAGACUUUAAAGUCUGUGUUUUUAGCUGCAAAUGUCAAUCUGGAUACUUUAAUUUCAAGAAUUGACGACUUCACAAAAACAGUCUCCAUAUUUUCAUUAAAUAUAACAAAUAUAGAUGUAUCUAAAUUAAAUGAAUACGACAUACACCACCUGAAUCAUAAACUGAUACAGGUCCCGCGGGUAUUUAUAACAGAUAAAGGGUUACCAGGGCAACCACAGUACAGGAACAUUUUAAUGUCGCCUCAUCCCGAGGAUCUCAAUACCCCGCAAGUGUUCCCCGGAAUCGCGGCGGCCCUCAAAGAUGUUCUCAGCGACCAGAACUGGUUACCAAUGAAAACACAGAUCUCUUAUUUAAUAAUAGCCUUACAACAGGCCACAGACUUGCUGAGUGAUAGAAUUCUGGGAGAAACACUAUGACCUGGUCACGCCAUUAUUUCAUUCCUCCAUUUUACUGUUUUCCUUUUCUGAUUUUACUGGGGUGAGACUGAUUAAGUGUGUGUGUCGAAAACUUAAACAGUUAAUUUUACUAUUUUGAUUAGUAUUAAGGUAGAUUUGUGUCGUCAGUUUAGCAGAGUGAGAAGUUGACAGCAAAAAUGUUUGAGAUAUUGACAUGUAUACACAAUGUGUAAAUACAGUGCAUCAGAGCCAAAACUGCUAAAAUGAUGUUAUAAUUGUAACAUUUUACUUCAUGUCAGAAUUGGUGUGUAUCUAGUGGAAGAAUGUUUGUGUACAGCUGAUAUAUAUAAUCCUCCAGGUUUGAAUAUUUUACAUCAGUAUACAAUUGACUUCUAGAUGAGCGGUUGUAAAGUAUAUAUACCAAAAAUAACACAGAUUAUUCCUCAAAGUUCCCUACCAGUAUUAUUCAGUAUGUAGUGUGAGCAUCAAGUUUCUGUAUCAAUUUUUUUAGAAGAAAACAAAGCUUUUGUUUACUUCUCAAUAUUUUUUUAAUUGUUUUGUGGACUUAUGGUUACUGCUGCAGCGUGCUUACAAUGUAAAAUAUCUUUAGGACAAUCUGAAAAUCUUUCUCAGGAUAAUAUUUAAAAUUAGACUUCAAAAUCAAAUUUCACCAUGAAUGUUUAAAAGUAUAUCUUAGCAUUAGUGUAUUUAAAUCUACGAUUGUUAUUUUAUAAAUUUCCUCUUUUUUUUGCUACUUCAGCUCCAAUACUGCCAAAACAGUUGAUGGUAAUAAAGAGUUACCUCCCCUUGUCCACAGCCAGUAUUUUAUAUGUUGUUGACCGGAUUUAGAUACUUUAUGGAAAAGAUUUAGAAAUAUUUAUUAUCAAUCUACUUAUAUUAUGUAUUCAGGGUAAUUUUAGAAAUUUUUACUAUUACAGUGUAACCAAGAUUGAGAUGUACAGAAAAAGAUUUAGAAUUGGGCCCAUUUGAAAAAUGUUAAAAUGUGAUUAGCCUGAUCACCUUUUGAACAACUGGGCUCCGAUGAUUAAACCCUGCUUUAGAUAUUUAGAAAAAAACAUUGCAUUUACUUUAGAUACUCAGCAUUUGUUCUAGAUUUAAAAUAAAUUUUUAUUUUGACGUCUGUAAUGUAAUGUGUUACUGAAAGCCUUCCUUUGUUAUUUAUGAUUUAUUGAUAACUACAUGUAGGCCUGCCUUGUCUUUGUACAAAAAACACAACACUAACAUACAUGUCUAUUGUCAGUAACACUAACAUACAUGUCUAUUGUCAGUAACACUAACAUACAUGUCUAUUGUCAGUGACACUAACAUACAUGUCUAUUGUCAGUAACACUAACAUACAUGUCUAUUGUCAGUAACACUAACAUACAUGUCUAUUGUCAGUGACACUAACAUACAUGUCUAUUGUCAGUAACACUAACAUACGUGUCUAUUGUCAGUAACACUAACAUACAUGUCUAUUGUCAGUGACACUAACAUACAUGUCUAUUGUCAGUAACACUAACAUACAUGUCUAUUGUCAGUAACACUAACAUACAUGUCUAUUGUCAGUAACACCUACAUACAUGUCUAUUGUCAGUAACACUAACAUACAUGUCUAUUGUCAGUAACACUAACAUACAUGUCUAUUGUCAGUAACACUAACAUACAGGUCUAUUGUCAGUGACACUAACAUACGUGUCUAUUGUCAGUAACACUAACAUACAUGUCUAUUGUCAGUGACACUAACAUACAUGUCUAUUGUCAGUAACACUAACAUACAUGUCUAUUGUCAGUGACACUAACAUACAUGUCUAUUGUCAGUAACACUAACAUACAUGUCUAUUGUCAGUAACACUAACAUACGUGUCUAUUGUCAGUAUCACUAACAUACAUGUCUAUUGUCAGUGACACUAACAUACAUGUCUAUUG